ACUUGUCUCAAUAAAGCUUUAAAAAUCGUAUUUAUUUCAAUUAAUCUGCGAUAUAAAACCCACCGUUUUAGGGCUCGCAUGGUUAAGAAACGGGAUCAUGUUACGAGUAUCUUUUUAAGUUUCGUCUUCGGUCAUAUUUCAGUCCGUUUUCUCAUCAAUAUGCGAGAGUUUAGAGCGAUGCGCGCUCCCGCGACAGGGGAUGCUAUUCUCGGUAGGCAUGCUUUUCUCGGCAUGACACCGGACUUCAUUAUUUAAACUUCUGUAGGUUGCUUUCUCUUCCGUUCAACUCUCGAUGUUUUUUCCUGUGUCUGGGAUCAAGUCCAGCCAGUCAGACGCCAGAGGAGCUGGACUGGGAGGAGUGAGAGAGUAGGUAGCUUUCCAACAUUGGCGGUGGGAGUUCUUCUCCAGGGCUGAUUUGGUGAACAAUAUGCGCUUUCAAAUCUUGGAUCCACAACGAAUCAAGAUCCGGAUGGACUGAUGCUUUAAGGACAUCGCUUAAUCAAGUCAGUGUGGAAACCUAAUUUUGAUCCGAUCUUUUCAUCAGAGUGCGUGGCUUGUGGUGAACUUAUUUGUAGCAAGAGGAACAGAACUUCAGUAAGACAUCGCUCGGAACUGUUGAUACGUCUUCAAAGAAAUCUAGUAGAUUCGUAUGGCAGUGAUUGUUCCCUUUUAGAAAAAGCUUUAAUUUCUAGAAAUCGCAGGUCAAAACCCAGUUUCGUUUGGCUGCUUAAAAACAUUUUCUUUUUAAUGAGAAGUAGUGUUUCUGGGCUCUCUAUAAAUAUACUACUAACAGAUGGCUUAUAUGAUUGUGUUGUAAAAUCCGUGGUAGAAGCCGUUUCAGCUGUUCUGGUAUGUUUUGUCCAACAGUUGCAGUACUGCAUAUCUUCAUUCUGUGUGUGCGUUAGUGUGGGUUAUUCACAGUGUUGCUAUGCAGACAGACUGGAGCCACACGACAGCUUUACUUGAACCCCACUCUGAGGGUUAGGCCUGGGCUGCUCACAGUGAAAGAAAUCUUUGAAGCAAAAGAAAACCUCUGCAUUUUCCAGUCUACGUCGUGUUGAAUAGCAUAUGUUACACAGCUUGGUGUAUUAGUGUUGAUUUUUCAGGAUGCUGUUAUGCAGACAGAGAGGAGCCAUAUAAAACCUGCUGGUAACAGCCAUGACAGAGCACAUCCUGUUAUGUAGCCAAACAGAAUGUGUGAGACAACAUUUGAAUCUUCUGGUUGUAGUUUGCUUUGUGCUGUUGACUACUUAAAUUAAGCAUACACCCACAUUACCAUCUAUAUUUCCUAAAAUAAAGAAGCACAUACUUUAAUGAGAAAAAUGUACUGAAUGCCAACCCUUCUAUGGUGAAACUUGUCUAGAAAUUAAAUAUCUGUUAUUUUAAUUUAAAUUUGUAACUUUAUUGUUUUAAUGGAAUUGUAUCUGAAAUCAACUUUGCUUUAACUUGUUAGAUAUACAAAUUGUUGCAAAAUGAAAAAAUCUCUUUUACUGAAUAAUUAUUUGAACAACACAAACAACAAAGAGUCAGUUGUGAUCUCUGUCCCAGGUACAAACAAGAAAUUCAAGAGAAAGUCCCGUGAACCUAAAAGACUUUGUACUGGUAUUGAAGCUGAAAACAUGAACAGAUUCCCAGUGGACAUGUCAGAUAUAGACUUUGUAGAUGACCAAAUGGUUAACUUCAGCAAACUGGCUCCUCUCCAGAGACCACUGAUGAGGUCACAUGAUAUUAUAGCCAAUAGCAGUGACAUUUUGUCUGCAAGACAAGAAGACAGUACAGCACCAGGCCAGAGUGGUGCCAUAGAUAUGAGAGUUGGCAUUAACAUACCAUCAGUGUCCACUAAAGUGUCCCAGUCACCUGCCUCUCCCCUGUCCUAUCAUGAAAUAUCCCACUGGCCAAUUUCCAUCUCUCAGCCCUUGAACAACAGACUGAAGCUUGGUCUACACUCCAGCUUACCUGUGCCAGCACCAACCAGUGGCACCAUUUCUCCUAGCCACCAGACAUUCUGUUGGGAGUCCUCACUGCCUGGCCAGCCUGCAACAGCAGCCAGAGUCUCCCCGUGUUUCGACCACGUAAAAACUCAAGUCUCUGAACAGAAGGAAUCUCCAAGGAAGAAGGUUGGAGUGGAUGGUGAUUCACGGACACGUCUUCCAGAGGUCAAAGCUAUACAACAAACUAGAAGGCUGCUGGCCAAUGCCAGGGAGAGGACUCGUGUUCACACCAUCAGUGCUGCAUUUGAGGCACUAAGGAAACAGGUGCCAUGCUACUCCUAUGGACAGAAACUUUCCAAGCUUGCUAUAUUACGUAUUGCUUGCAAUUAUAUUUUGUCUUUGGCUCACUUAGCUGAGCUUGACUACAGUCCAGAUCACAGCAGUGUGAGCUUCUCUCAGUGUGUGGAACAGUGUACCAGGACCCUACAGGCUGAAGGGAGGAGCAAAAAAAGGAAGGAGUGAUGAUCUUGGAGGCGCGUUGAAGAAAAAACAUUGAAUCUGACGUGGAAGAAGUGGAUGAAUUCAGAAAAGUUUGGCUUAUGCGUUUCAUAAGUUGUCUGUUUAUAGUCUGUGUCACAUAGUUCAAGAUAAAACAUUAACCAUGGAAAGUACCAAUAGAAUCAUACAGCUACAGUAUUGCUAAUGUUUAUUGUAGAUUUUGACUAUUGUAAGAUAUCAAUUUUUCUUUUUUUUCCCCCAAAUGACAAAUUUAAAUACAUACAACAAAUAAUGACCAAACUUCUGACCAGCACAUUAAUGUACACAAUAAAAAUGUAUUCACCCACUUGGAGAUUUCUUCAUGAAAUAGCUGAUUUACCUCAAUUUUUAGAAAGCUGAUUUCAGUUUGGAUAUUGCCAGGUUUGAUAAUUGGGAAACCUGCACCAUCAGGUAAUCAGUCAAAUAAAAUGUCUGGCAUAUUUUCAGACAUGUGAUCUAAUACACCAAAGCAUAUUAAAAGAUCAGGUGCUUUUCCACUAGACCUUCUCUAACCGGUAUGUCCCAGCAAGAUUAAUUUUCCAUUGGCAGAUUCGGUGCUGUUCUGCCUGGAUGUUCUCAGAUUUUUGUACCUACUUCUGGGGUAGUACGAGGCGCACCGAACCGGGUACAGCACCAGAACGAUUUGAUUAACAGCUGCCGGCAUUUGUUGAUUGACUCUUGAUUUAUGUCACUGAAAUCUCCAAAAUAAUAUUAUAAUUUAGCUGUGGAGAGCUGCUCAGAAGAGCGUAACUUUGAGUUUCAUCAGCAGCAGCGCCAGAAACACAUGCGGUAAGUUUGGCAGUGCAAUGACUGGGAUUUAGCAGCGCUGUAAGCAGCUGGUAUCUCUGAGGAUCAACCGCAGUUUUGUGCCGAGAGUAUGAAACGUAGUCAAACAUUUCUGAAAAGAGUGGACUGAAAUUCCUCUAAAGCCGUUUAAGAGUCACUGCUAGCAAUCAGAAAUCCUUGAUAGCAGCAUAAAAUGAGCCAGUUUUAAGAAUUCACAAUAUUAGAUUUUUGGUCACUAUGCAAUAUGAUAAUAUUCUAAAACUCAUUUGGCCGAUAGUUGAUGCCAAUACCUAUAUUUUUUCCUAUAUCUUCUUACUGAAACUAUAUGGGUUUCUCUGCUGUGGAAUUAACAUACUCCAUUCUCUUUGUCAAUUUAGACUGCUACCAAAUGUAAAUGCUGAAAAUGAUUUAAUACUUUCCAUUUGCAUUAUGUUUAAUGUCAAAUUUAUCCGUCACAGGAAUCAAGUAAAAUAUGUUACACCAUUUAAUUUGAUAAAAUAAUAAAUAUCCAACCUCUCAAUAUAAAAUUUGUUGAUUUUUAACAUCAAUGAUUUAUUAAAAAAACCACAAUACUAAGAAAUAAUACUAGCUAUUCUGAUAAGUGGAUCAGUAACCAAAACUCCCUCAAAAAUAAUUGUAGGUUAGAUUUAGGUUACUCACUUUAUGUCAGCUAAAAAAAAAUAAUUAAAAAACCGAAAAAAUUAAUUGUCCAAACAUUUCUGAUAUUUUUAACAAAACAAAGUCCUGGAAAGUAUUUCCCCGUUUUAAUCCAAAAUCCCCCCAAACAAAAAGAAAAAAAGAGAUGAGAAAAAAAGAGUGGUACCACCAAAAAUCCCCAAUAAAAAAAGUAAAGUCCAGAACUCACCGGGAGUCUUUCUUUCCCCUCGGUGUCCUGUCGCACCGGACGCCGUUUCCUGGGUGCAAGUUCCGAUACGGUUUCUAAAAUGCACAAUCUGCGGCGCUGGGACGAACUUUGGUUGCUGUUUUAUGUCUUUUCUUUGAUUUUUUUGUUUUGUUUUUAAACUUGUUUUAAACAUUCAAUCAAGUCAAGUCUCCCGCUGCACAGAUCUGACGGUGUGUGUCUUCCUCUCGGGUUGCGCCGACACGCUCGCCCCUUUUUAUCUACUAAUUUCAACCACACCUAAAACCAGCAUGAUGCUGCCCAAAAAUCAGUUUUGAACAGUGGAAACUUGUAAUAAUUUUAACAAUCACGUAAAAUCAACUGUUCUACAAAACAGUUUGAUACAUUUACUCUUUAAUGUAUUUAUUCAGAAAAAAACAAACAUGGUAGUUUGUUAUUUUAGUUGAUUUGUUGUUCGGCUUUUGGAACAGUUUGACUGAAAAUAUAUUUUGCGUGUAACAUUUGUGUUAUUUUUUGUUUAUACUACUAUAUUGAUUAUUAUUUGUCUAUUGUUGUUUCAAACCACCUCUUUGACAAAUUGCUACAUAAUAAAUGCAUCUGAAAUCAACCAUUCAA